GGUUUGAACCGUGUAUUCUGCUUUCAUCUGCUGGCACGUCUCUCUCCACAUUCUUGACUUUCAAUCCGUGUACGAAUACAGUCUGUACGUUACUUUACUGCCUCUCGUCUUGUCUAGAGGAGCAUUGGACUUUAUCCUGUGAACACACGAACCCAAGCGAUCUCAUUUACCGGAUCCCGACAUUCCUCCUUCUCACCAUACGUGUAUGUCUCUCCCAUCUCACUAACUUCUCUCAGCUCCCAUCCCAUGACCUAUAUACGUCUUUUAGUCUCCUAACGACGCCACUUGACUUCAGGCUUAUACGAAUCCCGAAUGCUCCUUGGCAGUUACCCAUCCUCUGGUCCUGCACUCCAAGCUCACGAAUCCACGUACCAAACUAGAAGCUCAUCCAUCUCCAGCUCGCUAUCUGGGAUCUCUACCCUUAACUUACAAAUACAGUAUGCCUGCGUCGACUUCCGAAACAUUCAUAGACGAACCUAUCCGAGUGCACGUUCAACCCUCUCAGCCGUCUUACUUUGCCGGUGAACCUUUCAGUGUACAUAUCACAAUCACCAACACACGCACACCCGAAUCUCUUCCUCCUCGCUCCGCAUCUCACACAAGUACCUCCUUCCACGUCCAAGGCCAACAUAAACGCGGCGCACAUAGUAUCAGUAGUGUCCCGCUGGCGAGACCACCUACUUCACCUGGUAUUCGGACGGCAUUACCCUAUACUGCUGUGUUUUCUGGGAAGCAGGAGAAGAAUGGGAGUGGGAAUGUUAGAAGGGGCUUGAUUGGUAUUGGGAGUGCUGGGAAUGGGGAUGCGAGGACCAAGGCGUCCAAGAGUUUGGAUGAUGUCCGAAUAGAAGGAUCGACAUCUCAGGGUCCUAGAAGGCCUCCAAUCACCAAAUCCUUGUCGGUGUCAAUAACUCCAGAUGAGUUAUCUAGUCAACUACAAGUACAGGAAGACGUGAAAGGCAAGUCCCCUCUUCGACCUUUGCGUGCUCAAGACGGAUCGUACAGUACACCAACUUCUCCACGGAUAUCUUCCCCUCUUGCACGUUCCGCCUCUGUGCCUCUAAACCAUCCCCAUGCCCGAAAGCAAUCCCUCCUGGACGGUCAACUACAAUUACAAGACCUUCGUCCGCCACCUACUCUCUCUCCCUUCAACCCAGCACCUACACCCAGUGCAUCCACUUCCACUUUUUCACUGUCUCUUGAUCCAAUAGCAGAAAGCAAUGGAAGCCUUUUCCCACCCAAAACGCCCUCUUUCCCGAGUCCAAUACCUGAGACUUCAGCAGCAGACUUUAGGACACAACUCCCUAAAAUACCACAAGUUCCUAGUGUCACGAUCACGGGUGCGACACCUAAGAAAGGGGAAGCUGGACAUUCAUAUCCUCCACGGCCUCCAAACCAUCAUGGUCCCCCACGUAGACCUGCACACCUCGGGUUAGGGCACGGUCCCCCACCCAACGCUUCAGCUCAGAACGGCCCCAAAACGUCCUUCUCCUCAACCUUCCGCCCGGCAAACACAGAGCUCAUCUUGUACUCUUACGCCCAACUGGUUGGUACGUUGAGUAUAACCCCACUUCCCGGCUCAUCUCCGACACCCGAGCAAACAAGAACUUUACAUGCAGUUCGUACGAACUUGCUCAAGAAACAAGCCAUUGGUGGUGGAAGUAUGGAUUUGACUAGUGCAGGCGGCCUUUCACCUCCCGGUACAACUCGACCUUCUGCUGUACGGAGAGUCUCACAUGGACGUUCAGCUUCCCUUUCCACGGGGAUAUUGUCCUUACUGUCUCCUUCAAGUUCAGCACCUGCUGUCAGCUCGAGCUCACAAGGAUGGACACCUGGACAUCGGGCCCGGACACCGAGCAUGUUUGCAGGGUUUUUCUCUUCCUCCUCGUCCAGUUCUGUUGAUAUCAUUGGAGAUGGAGGGACGGGACUUGGAUUGGGUUUGUCGGUUGAUGAGGAGUUAAUCGAUCCUGACGUCCCACUUCCGACGUUUGAAGUCCAACCUUCAAUGUUAGCUGUGGAUUUGAGUUUGGGGCCUGGGGAGUCACGUAGCUAUGAAUAUACGAUCAACCUGCCUGAGAAUCUCCCGCCAACUUUCCGCGGACGGGCACUGAAGUUCUCGUACCAAUUCAUCCUCGGGAUCUGUCGAGCAGCUUCGUCUCCUUCUUCUUCUACUCCUUCCUCCGCGAGUGGGAAUAGCAGAAGUCGGGUGAUGAAAGUACCUAUACGCGUGUAUAACCACGUCAUGGUUGGGAGACCGCCAUCACCAUAUGAUAUGUUAUGGCCAGUCGAGUCUCGCAAACAGAGACAUUUACAGCCUUUGGCUAAAGUGAUUGAACACAAUCCUGCGAACUCACAACGGCCACCAACGAUGUCAUCUCCAAAUGGUAAACCUCCAGAAUCGAAUACUACGGGAACGUCAUACCAAGACCUCCAAGCCUACGCACGUACCCUCUUGGCAUCCGCAACUCCCUCCAGUCCGCCUAUCGCCGCAUCCGACACAAUGGGACCGGUGGACCAAAACAUAGGACCGUCGAGUUCCAGUACGCGAUACUCGAUAGCCCCUGUGUCAUUAUCAGCCACGAAAGAAGCUCGGACCCGAGACUCGGAUCUCGAUGUGUUGAGUGCAGCAGGUAUUGUGAGGCUAGGCGAGGGUGAGACGAGAGAUGAGGAGAGCGUGUCUGGAUGUCGAGAGGCUGUGGAGAUCUUGACGAGGAAUCCCAAGAAACGUGCGUGUUUAAGUUUAAACUGGGGAUUUGAGCCCCUAAACGGUGAACACGAUCGAGUCGUUUCCCUGCUUAGUAUGAUUCGAUCGACGCUAGCUGUCCAUUUGACUUUACUGCUUCUGGUUCCGAUUACUGACAUACUGGGUUUUUGUACUCUCUUUCUAGUGUCGUAUGACGUCAACAAAGAUGGUGUGAAGGUUGCUGUGUUGACUUUUACGAAGAGCGCGUAUAGGCUUGGAGAGCCGGUGUUCGGUGUUGUUGAGCUCAACGAGAGGACGAGCCGUGCUAGAGUACUCAAGUUGUCAGCGUUGCUUGAGGCACACGAGUCAUUACCAGGAUGCAUCUCGCCUUCCAACAACUCACGACAUCUUCGAAGAGUACAUGCAGAACAACAUUCGUCCUUUAUGGCUUCUAUGCUACGAACAACGUUUUCCCUUGACAUACCUCCGGACGGAAGUCCCGCUUUCCAAGUAGACGUCCAAGGUUCAAGCAACUUUCCCGCUUCAAGAACAUCUCCAGGCGGGCUUGAAUGGAAGGUCAGGCUGUGUCUAUUAGUAUCAGUGGGUUCUCCAACGUCACGUACGGAUGCAAACGGUGUUCGGCUGAAGAAUCUGGUUCGGGACGGACCGAGAGGUGAAUGGGGCUCGUCAUGGAAGGCCUCAGAUAGUAUUGCGCCGAUGGAACGACCAGACACCCGGGUACACGCUAAUGGAAACGAAGAGCUGCUGCCGACGUCGCCAAGCACAGCGAAAUCAUGGAUGUCCUUCUUUACGACUAGUUUGUUGGGAGUGUCUGAGAUUGGGUAUCAUGACGGGGACGAGGACAUUGACGAUGAAGGUGCGACAGAGGAUGGAGAAAAGGACGCAGAUGAGAUUGGAAGUGAGGAAGAAUGGAGGGAGCUGAAGGUGGAAAUGGUCGAGUGCGAGGUGCCGAUCAAGGUGUGGCCAGGGAACACGGCGUUCAAGGCGACAGAGGUAGUGUUUGAUGUAUGAGAUGGACUGCUAUGGAUGGAUUCUCUUCUUUCAUUUCAGUUCACGGCGGUAUUAGGAGGAAAGGCACAGAUAGAAUUGACUUUUAGCUCGGAUGAUGGUUUCUCAGGUCUGAUUCGCAUGAGUGAAAAAUGAAAGGCGAGGCAGGACCGAGAGCAGCAGAGACGGAGGAAAGUGAAUGGGUGAGAGCGGGAGCAGGUCGUGUGCUGGGCAGGCGGUGCUAGCCGAUCCUUGUGACCUUGGAAGCACACAGGGGAUAGUCCCGAGCCAUGGCUG